GGUAUAAGAGGAAGUGUGAGGUCUGGGGAAGCCAUCUGGUCUAGACAGCUGGACACCAGGAGCCUGAGGACGCAGGCAGAGGCCACACCGUGUCCCCCUCUGCUGCAGCCAGGAUGGGGCUGAGGGUGGCUCCAGCAGGUUUCGUGGUUCUGGUGCUGCUCCAGAGCUGCCUGGCAUACAAGCUAGUCUGCUACUACACCAGCUGGUCCCAGUACCGGGAGGGCGAUGGGAGCUGCUUCCCAGACGCCAUCGACCCCUUCCUCUGCACCCACAUCAUCUACAGCUUUGCCAACAUAAGCAACAAUGAGAUUGACACCUGGGAGUGGAAUGACGUGACGCUCUACAACACACUGAACGCGCUCAAGAGCAGGAACCCCAACCUGAAGACCCUCCUGUCUGUUGGAGGGUGGAACUUUGGUUCUCAAAGAUUUUCCAGAAUAGCCUCCAACACCGAGAGUCUCAAAACUUUCAUUAAGUCGGUGCCAACAUUUCUGCGGACCCAUGGCUUUGAUGGACUGGACCUAGCCUGGCUCUUCCCUGGAUGGAGAGACAAACAGCAUUUCACCACUCUGGUCAAGGAAAUGAAGGCUGAGUUUGCAAGGGAAGCCCAGGGAGGAAGAGAGCAGCUCCUGCUCAGCGCAGCAGUGUCUGCGGGGAAGGUGGCCAUCGACGCGGGCUACGACAUCGCCCAGAUUUCCCAACACCUGGACUUCAUCAACCUUUUGACCUACGACUUUCAUGGAGCCUGGCGCCAGACCAUAGGACAUCCCAGCCCCCUGUUCCGAGGCCAGAAGGAUCCAAGGUCUGACAGAUUCAACAAUGCUGACUACGCCGUGAGCUAUGUGCUGAGGCUGGGGGCCCCGGCCGAUAAGCUGGUGAUGGGCAUCCCCACCUUUGGGAGGACCUUCACCCUGGCCUCUUCCAAGACAGAUGUGGGAGCCCCGAUCUCGGGGCCGGGAGCACCAGGCCAGUUCACCAAGGAGGAAGGGAUGUUCGCUUACUAUGAGAUCUGUGAAUUCCUCCACGGCGCCACGGUCCAGAGACUCCUGGACCAGCAGGUCCCCUAUGCCACCAAGGGCAACCAGUGGGUGGGUUAUGAUGAUCAGGAGAGCGUCAAAAACAAGGCAAAGUACCUGAAGAGCAGGAAGCUGGCUGGCGCCAUGGUGUGGGCCCUGGACCUGGACGACUUCCAGGGCACCUUCUGUGGCCAGAACCUGCACUUCCCUCUCACCAGUGCCAUCAAGGACGCGCUUGCAACGGCUUAGCCCUCUGUCCUGCAGCGCAUGGUGGGGCCAGGGCACCCCUCGCGGCUUGGUUCUGACUGGCCGGAAGCCUGAUCCCCUGCCCUGCCGAGUCCCCUCUCGUGGGCCCGUGCGGAGGGCCACAGCCGUCCCUUCUGAGCCCUGCUCUGGUGGACAGGCAGGUAGGGGUGAGGCCGUGGGGCCAGCAUACCUGCUGAUCAGUGAGACUGCUCAGUGACUCCAAGCACCACGCAAGGGGAGUUGUUUCAAUCCCCUCACCCCCAGGCCCCCUUGCCUCGGGACACCGUUUGGGCAAGCCCUACCACCCUAGAGCCAAACAUCUUACAAGAAGCAGUGGCCACACUGACUAUACUCUCUGCAAAGCCCGACUUGACACGUCCCCCCAGGAACACAAUCCUGCCCCAUCCCACUUCCCUUUCCUCACUCUGCAGCUGCUCAAUAAAGCACCACGGCUCACCA